AUGACUUCUAGCGAUUUGAAUGAGCAAGAGCAACCACAACAGAUCACUUAUUUCGGAAGAUUCUUUGGAGUACGGCAUGUGCAGGUGGUACUGCUCUUUUUGUGCUUAACCACAAAUUUUCUCAUGAGGGUCAACCUCAGCGUUGCGAUGGUUUUCAUGACAGAUAUUGGCUCAGGAUCCAACUAUCCAGUGUUCAACUGGACCAUGGCUCAACAGACACAGCUUCAUAGUGUAUUCUUCAUUGGCUACUUCCUUAUGAAUAUAGUCUCAGCAGUUUUAGCAACUAUCUACAGCAACAAACUCUUACUACUCCUAAGUGUCUCUUUAUCUGCAGGAAUCACUCUUUUGACACCAGUGUCUGUUGCCGCCAGAGGCUGGUAUGCACUUCUUCUUAGCAGGAUGAUUCUUGGAGUGAUGCAAGGAAUGAUGAUGUCAAAUGUUAUGAGUUUAAUGUCUAAAUGGAUUCCUCCUAACGAAAGAAGUAGAUGUGGUUCAUUAAUUAUUGGAGGUAUGAACUUUGGCACCUUGAUAUCAUUUUCUACAUCGGGCUGGAUAGGAUCUAACUUUGGAUGGCCUUGUAUAUACUAUUUUUCUGGAGGUCUGGGGAUGAUUUGGGUGCUUACAUGGUUUAUAUUUGCAGCAGACUCUCCAGACAAAUGCUGGUAUAUUACAGAAAAAGAAAGUGAAUUUAUAAUUCAAGAAUUAUUUCAAUCUCAGGUUACUGCAUGUAAAAGUAAGAGAAUACCAUGGAAAAAAAUUCUAACAAAUAGAGCUUGCUUUGCAGUCAUCUUGACUACCAUUGGCCACUAUUGGGGAAAUAUGACUCUUUUAGCAGAAAUGCCAACUUAUUUUAAGGCUGUCCUGCAUCUUCAUACAACUCAUAAUGGGUUGAUUUCUGCUCUACCAUAUGCAUGCAUGAUGAUUUUCUCUCUAUUGUUUUCUUAUUUGGUGGACACUUUGAUCAAGAGGGGCCGAGUAUCAGUUACAAAUGCUAGAAAAUCAUGCAACUCAAUUGGUCAAUGGGGUGCUGCAAUAUGUUUAAUUAUUCUUAGCUAUUGUAAACACGAAUCAACAAUAGUAACAAUGUAUACUCUUGGUGCAACACUGCUUGGAUUUUCUUAUUUUGGUUUUAAUAUAAAUCAUCUUGAUAUUGUACCGAAAUAUGCUGGAUUUUUUAUGGGAAUAACUAAUGCCCUUUCUAAUAUUUCUAAUGUAUUAGGUCCUUUGUUUGUUGGUUUUAUAGUUGAUGAUGCAGAAAAUAAACAUCAAUGGAGAACUGUGUUUUGGGUAUCAGCUAUAAUUUGGUUUAUAGGAAAUUCCAUAUUUAUUAUUUUUGGGAGUGGAGAAUUGCAGGACUUGUCUGAAGAUCCCAAUCCAGAAGAUACAGUUAAUCAGCGUUCUAAUUGA